UCACAGACACCCAUCCGUCUUGCCCGAGUAAGUGACAAGUUGUUCACCCUCCUCAGUCUCCUCCGUUCAUCGACCUCGGACCGAGAGCGUAGUGCCAUGGGAUGCUGCGGAGGAGACGAGGACGACGACCUCGUCAAGCAACUCCUCCCCCCGGACUCCGACCCCGGCGCUAACCCUAGUCCUGAUCCCCUACUCGCCUCCUCUUCGGAGGUGCUUUCCCCCAUGAACUCCAACUUCUCGGCCCUCGCCUCCAGGGACCUCCUCCGGGCUAUCCUCGAGCUCCUGCCGCCCGCCGACCUCGCUCGGUCGGCGUGCGUCUGCCGGCUGUGGCGCGCCGUCGCCUCGGAGCGGGAGAUGCUGGAGAGGGCCUUCAGGGCGCCCUGGAAGGUGCGGCGGGUCCUCGGUGAGCCGUCGUCCUCCGCCUUCUGGCACCACCUUAGUCUCGACCGUUUCGCCAUCUCCCACCGGCUGCGUCGCGGCGACACUGUUGCCAGCCUCGCCCUCAGGUAUUCCGUCCAGGUUAUGGGCAUCAAACGAUUAAAUAAUAUGAUGAGCGACCAUGGGAUUUACUCAAGAGAGAGACUACUGAUCCCUAUUGGCAAACCAGAGCUUCUUCUUAACAGCACCUGCUAUGUCGAGAUGGAUGAACAUGCACAAAGAGAAGUUGCAGUGCUGUAUUUGGACGGCGGUCCUGAUGGAAAAACCUGCAAUCCAACAAACAGGGCAAUUACAGAGAGAGGCAAAAGGAAGAUACUCAAUUCCGUGAAACGCAGUCUGCAAGUGGAUUAUGGAACUGCAGAAUUCUACCUGUCUGUCUGGAAUGGUGAUCCAAGGGCCGCUAUGUCGCAGUUCACCGAGGACCUUAGGUGGGAGCAACAGACCAUGAGGCCUCGUUUGUUCGGUUGAAAAGGGAACAGAGUGGGGUGAAGUUGAUGUGCUCCAUUUCCUGCUUGUUCUCGUCUUUAUCGAGUUCCGAGUCUAUUGUCUGAAAUGUUUCAAUGCAGAAUCCACAUUUCUUUGAUUGUGAAAGAGACUAAAAUCUUCCACAGAUGUGAACUUAAUAUUAUGUCAUAAUAGCAUCAAGUUAUUGGA